AUGCUGAGAAAUACACCUUGGUGUAGACAAUCCUAUACGUGGGUCAUAGUUCCAGGGGUUAUGAUUAUACUGCUUUUAAUUGUUACCGUCGUACUAGGACUUUAUUUUAUUCCGAUUCCAUCAUUAGAUAUGCGGGACCUGAAGAUAGCUAGGGGAUCACCCGAGAAUGUCUAUGACCAUUACGAUAUAUACUUCAUAAAGAUUUGCGGAAGGAAUGACCGUAUCGCGGGAUUUGACAAUCAAUCAUCCAAUCAGCUUUUCGAAUACUAUACCUGGGAGAAAAUCUUCCUCCGCUUCAGUCACGGGGUCCCAGAGGAAACCUUGAAAGAUCUCCUCAAGCUUGGUGAUUUCCUUGAACUGCUCAUGAAAAACGUCAUUUCCCUCUUCAACUUUUUGGGGGCGAAUUGUUACCUCUCCUUUGCUUGUCAAUUAUCCUGGUAA